AUGAGUCAUGCCUAUUACCUUUCUAUUCUCAGUUUUUUUCUAAACAAAAUGAAGAUUGCAUUAUUUUCUCUAUUAUUGGUUGCUUUGACAUGUUUGUCAGCAGUAAACUCAACAUUUGUUGUUGGUACAUGUGAUUCAAGCAAGUGUGGUGCCGGUCAAGUUUGUAUCUGUGAAGGUGGUGUCAGUCACUGUGUCUUGUUGGAUCAAUGCCAUGAUGUUGCCAUCGUCCAAACCAUUGAACACAGUUGGGUUGAGAAUGGUCAAUCAUUCACUUUAUACCGUGUCCACGUCUUCAACUAUGGUCCAAGAACCUUGAAGAACAUUGCCAUCCAAACUGAUUGCACUUUGGACCCACGUGAUCAAAACUCUGUCUGGAACAUCGAAUAUCACAAUGGAUUCUUCUCACUUCCAUCAUAUGGUCAAGGUAUUGCCACUGGUAAAGAGUUUGUCUUUGGAUACAUUGAUCGUGGUAUGCGUUCUCCAAAUCUCUUUAUCCGUGCUCUCCAAUAUUAA